GCAAUGUUAAGCGUUAACACCUCAAAAUUUGUAGACAGGAAAUAUGGCUGGCAACAAAGUUGGUGCAAUACAUCUUCUCCUUUUGUGUGGUGCAAUUCUACUGAGCUUCAAUCCAGAAACUGCGAGUGCAAAGAUAUGCCCACGAAUUUGCUAUGCGGAUAUAGCGUAUAUGACCUGCCCAUCUUCGGGCAAUGAGCACCUUACUCCUACUGCCUGCAAUUGCUGCUUGGCUGGAAAGGGCUGCACCCUUUACCGUGCUGAUGGAACUUCAAUCUGCACUGGGACUUGAAGCAGGGGGAGUUGACAGAUGAUAAUAAUAUCUAAUUAAAUAAAACAAUAGAGACUUCAUUGUCUCUAUAUAUGUUAUAAUUAAUACAAUAAACAUGUUUGUUAAGAAUAUUAUAUUGAAAAUACAAUGGAUCCAAUAUAUGUAUGAUGAUUUGUAUGAUUAAAAUCAUGGAUUAUCGUGAUUUUCUGUA